AUGCGCCUCUCCAUCAAGCUGCAUAGUUGCAAAGCCAUCGUGCGUCACAUCUUCCUUAGCGACAGACGAUGGAGCUGGUUCUCCAGCAGCGUGCUGGGCUCUCGGCUUGCCAACUGCUGGGUAGAAAGGAGGUUUGUCGCCCAGCUGCUGGGUUUCUUGAUCAGCGUGGUCAGCUCCAUCUUCUGUGGUCACCUGGGGAAAGCCGAGCUGGAUGCUGUGACGCUGGCCGUCUCCGUUAUCAAUGUGACAGGCAUCUCCAUCGGUUCUGGUUUAGCCUCAGCAUGCGACACACUGAUGUCCCAGACAUAUGGCGGCAAGAACCUGAAGCAGGUGGGCACUAUCCUGCAGCGGGGGAUCCUCAUCCUACUGCUGUGCUGCUUCCCUUGCUGGGCGCUCUUCAUCAACACCGAGCGGAUCCUCCUGCUCAUCGGACAGGACCCCGAGGUCUCCAGGUUAACUCAGGUCUACGUGAUGAUCUUUAUUCCAGCGCUUCCUGCGGCGUUUCUGUACCAGCUGCAGACAAGAUAUUUACUAAGUCAGGCGAUCAUUUUGCCUCAGGUGUUGACGGGGAUUGCAGCCAACAUCCUCAAUGUGGCCAUGAACGCCUUCUUCCUAUAUGUGCUGAAGCUAGGCAUGGUGGGCUCUGCCUGGGCUAACACUGUUUCUCAGUACACCCAGGCCAUUCUGCUCUUCCUUUACGUGUGGUGGAAGAAGAUCCACGUGGAAACUUGGGGAGGUUGGACCAGGGACUGCCUCCUGGACUGGGGCUCCUUUAUCUGGCUGGCGGUGCCCAGCAUGCUCAUGAUGUGUAUUGAAUGGUGGACCUUUGAGAUUGGGAGCUUCUUGGCAGGGCUGCUCAGUGUGGUGGAGCUGGGCGCGCAGUCUGUCAUCUACGAGCUCUCCUCUGCGGCAUACAUGGUGCCUCUAGGCUUCAGCGUGGCUGCGAGUGUCAGAGUGGGCAAUGCCUUGGGAUCGGGGGAUGUGGUGCAAGCCAAGACCUCCUGCAUUACUGCCCUGCUGUGCACAGAAGUUUUUGCUGUUGUGGUUGCAACAUUACUGGGAACCCUAAAGGAUGUGGUGGGAUACAUCUUCACCAAUGACAAGGAGAUCGUUAUCUUGGUGUCCAAAGUGAUGAUCAUCUUUGCUCCAUUCCACUUGUUUGAUGCAGCAGCAGCGACCUGCGGCGGUGUGCUGCGGGGCACAGGGAAGCAGAAGAUGGGUGCUAUCGCCAACGCCAUCGGCUAUUAUGCCAUCGGCCUGCCCAUCGGCGUCUCACUGAUGUUUGCGGCUAAGAUGGGGGUGUUAGGUCUGUGGGUGGGGAUGAUCAUUUGCAUCUCUCUGCAAGCCGUUUCCUUCUCCACUUUUGUCAUGCGCAUGGAUUGGAAGAAAGCUGCAGAAGAGGCUCAAGUUCGAGCUGGACUGAAAAAACAACUGGAAGAUGUGAACUCCGAUGGCACAGCUGCUAACAAAGCAUCGGCUGUGGAUUACAUCUCCCUUGACACGGACACUGUGGUCCUGCCCGAGAGCGUUGUGGAAGGUGAGAGGCAACCUGACCACCAGCUCAUCACACAGGAGGUGCCUGCUGUCGUCCCUGCUCCUCCCGCUGUGGUAUGGAGGGCCCUGAUCAUCCGCCGCAUGCUGGCUGCUGCCGCUGCCAUCGCUGUCCUGCUGGUGGGCAUACUGGUCCGGCUCCUGACUGGCAAUGGCUAG